AGUCAAUUGCGAGGAAGAACCGUGAAAAUACAACUCGAGUCCAGCCACGAGCAACUUUACCUAGCCGUUUAGUAUUUUGAAUUCUAAACAUCGCGCGCAAAGCGAGGCAACGAACAUGACGGAAUCCGCCCCUCCACCAUCCGUCCCCAACACGGCCGCAACGCCGGGGGGUCCGACUACUACAAACCAAUCCACAGCCUCCAAUAAUAAUAGCAGCAAUGGAACAGCAUCAGCCCAAACUGGGGCAAACCGCGGCCUACCAUACUAUGAGAAACUGCGGCGUGAACUACGCGACACGUUACAAAAGAAGCGAUUAAUGGAUAAAAGCAUGGCCCAACUGGAAGAUCAAAUCUUCCGCUUCGAACAAUCCUACCUCGAAGAAACAACCGCCGGGAAUAUCAUUAAGGGAUUCGAUAACUAUAUCAAGGGCUCGUCCAGCGGUGCUGGUGCUGGUGGGUCAUUAGCGCUUUCGGGAGGUGCAGGUGGCGCCAGAAGAAAGGCACAGGUGACUGAUGCCGAUCGUGUUUUCUCGAGAAGCUCGGCGAGCUUUAUGCGGGAUUCGACACCAUCAUCUGUUCAGACUACUCCGUCGCAUGCCCCGACACCGACGUCUGUCAAUGGAUCGUCAGGGAAACCGAAUGGCGAUUCUUCCGCUCCAGGAAGUGUGAAAGGAGGAUCGUCUUCGUCGAAGAAUAAGAAAAAGUCAAAUGCCAAUAAGGAUAAGAAUGAAGAUGAUGAUGAGGCAGGGGAUAAGCCACCCACGAAGAGGUUGAAAAUCAGCUACGGAAGGGAUUGAUCAGUCGAUUUUGACGGGAGUUUUGAGUCGAUUUCUUGGGUUUAUCCUGCUUUACAUAUGGGAUUACGGAUCGGAUUGGUGAUGGAGCUCUAAGGCGCUGUGGCUUUGGCCUUUUGAUUCAGUU